AUAACGAAAAAAAUUACCGAACAGAAACCUAUUACAAUCGAACGUACCGAAAAAACGCAAGAAAACGAAGAUUUGAUUGGUAUUAAAAAGGAUCAAUCAUUAGGUGAACUAAAAAAGGAUUCUAAGAAAGCUGACAAUCAUAAAAAUCCAAAAUGCAAAAUUGAGGAAACGGAAAAAUUUAUGGAUCAGCAGGAGCUAUUGCCCGAAAUAAAGGAAGGAGAAAUGAAAAUCGCUGAUUGCGAUGAUCCAAAAUAUAAGACAUUGUACAUUUUUAUGGACAAAAAUAUUGAUAUUUUCGGUCCAGAUAAAUGGCGACCGGGACAAUGUAAAAUUGGUACGACGAAAAAAAUAUCCGAUGACGAAUUUGCUGCAAGAAUUGGUGAAAUUAAAGCGCAAUAUGGAGCAAUGAUGAAGGCAGAUGAGAGAAUUGAAAUUAAUUGGGAUGCACUAUUUGUGGGUUUUUCUUAA